AACUAUAAAAUGGUAGUAACUGAUAUAUAUCAGCUUCUCUUCGAUAGCUAGAGUCGUCAUCAGCAAAAGCGCUCUCAAGCAACCCUAGUUUCACGUUCUCUCUCGGUCUUCCUGAAGCGAUGUCAAGGAGAAAGGUUAGGGAGCCCAAGGAGGAGAAUACUAACCUUGGACCUGCUGUGCGAGAGGGCGAGCAUGUGUUUGGGGUGGCUCACAUAUUUGCUUCAUUUAACGACACAUUUAUCCAUGUGACUGAUUUGUCAGGAAGGGAAACAAUGGUUCGCAUUACUGGUGGUAUGAAGGUGAAAGCUGAUAGGGAUGAGUCUUCCCCUUAUGCAGCCAUGCUUGCGGCACAAGAUGUUGCUCAACGCUGCAAGGAGUUGGGUAUUACUGCCCUUCAUAUAAAGCUACGAGCUACUGGAGGGAACAAGACCAAGACACCCGGUCCUGGUGCCCAAUCAGCGCUUAGAGCUCUUGCUCGUUCAGGCAUGAAAAUUGGCCGCAUAGAGGAUGUUACCCCCAUUCCCACUGACAGUACCCGUAGAAAGGGUGGCAGACGCGGAAGAAGGCUGUGAUUCUUUGCAUCAUUUCUAUUACUCAGCUGCUGCUUGCUAUGCUUGGAGUUCUCUUUCAUGUUUAAACAAUUUUCUGUUUAGAUUAAAGGUUGUUGCCCUGUUCCUCUAGUUACACAUUUGUAGUUCCAGAAUGGAUUUUGAUCUUAAUUGACAGAGACAAAAGUUGUGCAACUCUUUAAUCCACCUUUGAAGAUAAGCUUGUAUUGUUCUUGGUAAGCUUGUAUUGUUCUUGGUUUUCCUUGAGGAGUUAUAUUGUGGUUAUGGCAGAUAAGAACUUCCCGCUUUUGUUU